CCAAUUUUUUUUUCUUGUCGAGUUUUGAAUUUUUUUACAUAUCAGAGGGAGUAGGCACUGUAUUCAAGCGUGUUUUCGUAUGGUGUUGUCUUUACUUGCUACCCUAGAUUUUGGUGAUGCGAACGCUGGAAAGUUCGAAUGGUCAAUUUCAAAUAAUCCGAAUUCCUGGUGAUGGAAGAUGUUUGUUUCGAUCAGUGGUUCAUGGUGCUUGUCUCAGAUCGGGGAAGCGGGCUCCAAGCGAGGUGCUUCAGAAAGAGCUUGCAGACGAGCUCAGAGAAAACGUUACAAAUGAGUUGAUGAAGAGGCGUUUGGACACUCAACAGUUUAUUGAAGGUGACUUCAGUCAGUAUGCUAGACGCAUGCGCCAACCACAUGCAUGGGGAGGAGAACCUGAGUUACUAAUGUCUUCACAUGUCCUACAGAUGCCAAUCUCAGUCUACAUGAGGGACAAGAACUCGGGAAAUCUUAAGCUCAUAGCUGAGUAUGGGCAGGAGUACGGCAAAGAAAAUCCUAUCCGCGUCCUUUUUCACAGCUACGGACAUUACGAUUCAUUGAAGGCUCCAUGCUAUUAAAGAAAGUCUCAUGUCAGCGCAUUCUUGUCUGGAUGUAGGUUGGUUGAAAACGAAGCGACGAUAGAUCUGUUGACCUCAUUGACGGAGAAGAAAGAGGGAGUGGAAGAAAAUUAGAGAGGGAAAAUGUUUGAUGAUGCUAGGAAAGUUUUAUAGAAUAUUUUAUUUUGAGAAUUCAAGUUCAAUUUCAUGAGUUCCAAACUCGAGUCACAACUUUGGAGUAAGAUAUUUGAAUCUAUGAUUUUUUUAUGUAAUAAUAUUAAUUUUGACCUUAAACUCGACGAGCAAUAUCAAGUUUAACUUUUAUUUUUA